UAUAUGUGUAACUUGGCCUUUACAAAAUACAACCCGAUGCCGAUAUAGGUAGAAUCCAAUUCAAAAUCUGCAAAAAAUUUACAAGGGUUUAGUUAAAGGGUUUUGUGGGAGUGAUUAGUCAAUGGAGAGCAGGAAGUUGGUAGCAAAGCAAUUCCUCAAGGACAAAAAAUUCUGGGUCGCCUCUUUCCUCGUUGUCUGGGCUGCUGCUCUGCAGGGGCACAUGAUGUGGUUGCAGAGGCAAGAUUCUUUCAAGCACAAAUUUGGAAACUUAAACGACCAAGGCACCAAUCAACAGGAUAAUCACUCAUCAAAUUAACUACUUGUAGUCAUGUUUCCACCAUAGGACUGGCAGGUUAUUACCAAGUCAUCUGUUGGAUAGUUUCCAAAUUUGCUAGAUUGCAGUAGCAGUAGCCAGUAAUUAUCAACGGUGAUAAAGGAAUAACUGCAGAUUUUGGAGUGUAUCUGCUGUACCAUGACGGCAGUUGUUUAUGCAAAAUAAGACAUCAAAAUUGUAUCAAAAGAUUAUUUUGAUGUGUAUAAAAGGUUUUUUAAUUUGUUAGAAGGAUAUGUUUCAAUAAAUACUCAUCUGGAUUGGACAACCAUCAUUAUCAUCUGUCUAUUUCAUUCAUUCAAUGAGAUUUGCGUUGAGUUC